AUGGGUGGCCUCCAAUAUCUUCAGUUUUGUUUUCAAGGGUUCAGCACCAGGCACCUGCAUGUUCUCUCUAAACCAAAUUCAUCUAUUACAAUACCAGCAUUUAAUGCCUCAUUCCCCCCUUCUCACUACAUAUAUGCAUCAAAAUCCUUUUCUCACAAACUCACAAUCCCACCUUACUCUUAUUCUCUGAAUCACAAGAUAAUUAAUCUCUCAACUACUAUGUCUUCUCUUGUUUAUAUUUUUCUCUAUCUUUAUUAUUUGCAUGCAUGCACUGGUCGACCACUUGCAGUUUUCGAUCAAGAAAAUAGCAGUCAAAUUCAGCUUUCUGGAAAGGAUGUGAAGACUCCAGGGGCUGAGAAAUUUGUGAUGCAAGGCAAUUUCAGGGCUGAAUAUGGUGAAAAGACUUUUUAUGAUGCACAUGCUAUGAAGCUAAAUAAUCAGAAGGCAUACAUAUUUAAGGAAGGUGAAGACAUCAAAGGUAACGAAGUCAAGAUAUCAUAUUUUGGGAAGAUUUUUGAGGGCACUGCUGAAAAAAUGGAACGAAAGAGAGAAGCGCGGUCCACAUUGGAAUCUCUCUCAAAGAAAGCCAAUAAAAAUGCGAUAUCAAAGGAAAGUGACAAUAUAGAGGACAUAGUGAAGAUUGUACAUGAGAGGAAAACUACAAAUAUCCACAAGGAAGUUGUGGAUGGUUCGUACGAAGUGAUAAGAUUGAAAGGCGACACAUCAUGGUCAAUCGGGUGCUCAGUGGCUAGCCUAGCUCGGACAAUACUGAGUUACCAAAGACAGAUACACCCCGUCUCAGUCCUUGCGAAGGGAUUAUAUGAUAUUGAAGGAGGUGAUAUGUUUCCAAGCUUGCCAGAACAGCUCUGUAGGAGUGGCAUCUUGGGUAUGACCGAUGUGCAUCUUAUGGGCGAGGAAGUACAACGGCUGAAGACUUCAGUGAAGCUGAUUUUGGAGUUGCUAAGUGAGUUGGCAAUUUGA